AUGAGCAUGGAAAUAAAUCACUUGAUUGGAGAAAUCCAACAGGCAGUAGAUAAUGUGACUCUGGUUUGCCAAGAUCCCCACAGCAGCAUAGCUUCCGGGGGUGUGUGGCGCCACAGAAGCCCUCUGCGUUCCGCUACAUCUCUUCUUUUGAUGCAGUUGUCUGUAAUUGGUGUAGUUUCACAGUUGAUCAAUCUCUGUCUCAAACCUAUGGGACAGUCCACUAUCGUUUCUCAAAUUUUUGGUGGUAUAAUUUUCGGCCCGUCAGUUCUGGGGCAUAAAAAGGAAGUCUCACGCAUCCUCUUCCCCGUAAAAGGCGCCAAUGUGUUCGAAACUACUGCAACAUUCGGCCUCAUGUUCUUCCUUUUUUCAAUAGGAGUGAAGAUGAACACGGGAAGAAUGUUAAGGCCAGAUAGAAGGGCGGUGACCAUUGGAAUUUCAGUGUUCUUCUUCACCUUGGCGCUCCCUGAAUGCCUAGCCUUUGUUAUGAUGAACUAUCUCGCCAUGGACGAAACCCUUAAGAUGGCACUCCCAUGUAUAGCUGGAUCGCAGUGUAUAUCAAGUUCCCUUGUUGUUGCUUGUUUACUAGCUGAGCUAAAACUCAUGAACACCGAACUGGGCCGCCUGGCCCUCUCUAUAACAAUGUUUUGUGAUGUUCUCGGCAUUGUGCUGGUCGCGAUUGGUAUGGCAAUUUUGGAUAAUAGGACCAGGAAUUUAUUAAUUCCAACGUUUGAACUACUAUCAGCACUAGUAUUUGUGCUUGGCAUUGCGUAUGUGCUCAGACCAAUCAUACUAUGGAUGCUAAACCGUAUAGAGGAAGGGAAAUCUGUCAAGGAGUCAUAUAUUGUCACCAUUUUCCUCUUUGUUCUUUUGUGUGGAUUUAUCAGUGAGCUUGUAAGCCAGCAUUUCUUACUUGGACCCCUAGUGCUUGGCUAUGCGGUGCCUGAAGGACCGCCUUUGGGAGCGGCUUUGGUGACGAAGGUGGAAAUCCUGGCUACAGGAAUAUUCUAUCCAACUUACCUUGCCAAUAGUGGGCUGAAAACGAACAUCUUCAGGAUUCAUCCUCGGUCUGUGUGGAUUGUGGGGGUGGUUGUUAUCUUUUCUAGCCUGGUGAAGAUAGGAGCUGUAAUGUUGCCAGCCAGCUAUUUCGAUGUGCCUCUGCGCCAAGCUUUUGUGCUUGGCCUCAUCCUCAACUCAAAAGGCAUCACAGAGCUUGUCAUGUUCAACCUGUUUAAGCAAAGCAAGGUUCUGACUGAUCAAGAAUUUGCGCUGGUCGUGAUCUCAGUGGUGCUCAUAACAGCAGUGGUAACACCCUUGAUAAGAUAUCUUUAUGAUCCUUCAAAGCAAUACGCAGUGACGAGAAGAAGUACAAUCCAGCAUUUGAAACAUGAGUCGGAGCUCCGAAUCCUAGCAUGCAUCCACAACCAAGAGAACGUUCCCACAUUCAUAAACGUCCUGGAAGUAUCAAAUGCUACAGAACAGAACCCUGUUGCAGUCAUAGCCCUCGUCCUCACUGAGCUUGUGGGGCGAACCAACCCUGUUCUUGUGUCACACCGUCCCCAUGACACCUUAGACAACAGCUCGUCUGGCUAUAUUGUCAAAGCCAUGAGGCAAUACGAGCAAUACAAUGAAGGGUACGCCACCCUCCAAGCAUACACUUCCAUCUCGAGUUAUGUAACAAUGCAUGAUGAUAUUUGCCGGUUAGCAUUUGAGAAGAGGGUAAACCUUGUGAUCAUGCCGUUUCACAAGCAAUGGGCCAUAGAUGGCAGCAUUGGGUCAGUGAACCGACCCCUCCAGUCCUUGAACAUCAAUGUCCUCGAAAAGGCACCUUGCUCCGUUGGAAUUCUCAUCGAUCGAGGGGUCCUAGGCGGGUCGGUGUCAAUGCUAGCCAGCCGGUAUAUAUGCCAUGUUGCUGUGAUCUUCAUUGGUGGUGCAGAUGAUACAGAGGCACUGGCCUAUGGCGCUCGCAUGGCAAGGCAUCCAAGUGUGGACUUAACAGUUGCACGGUUCCUUCUCUUUGGAGAAGAAAAUAGUAAAGACCGGAAGCGGGACUCUGACAUGCUUGAGGAAUACCGGGUAGCCAAUGGAGACAACGAGCGGUUUGUUGUUGUGGAGGAGGUGGUAAGAGAUGGAGCACGGUUGUCUGCUGUUAUCAGAUCAAUGGUGGAUUGUUUUGAUUUGAUGUUGGUAGGGAGGCACCAUCAGGACUCUCCACUUCUUUCAGGGCUUGGUGAGUGGAGUGAGUGCCCGGAACUUGGAAUCGUCGGGGACAUGCUUGCUUCCCCGGACUUUCAUUGUUCAGUUUCUGUAUUAGUGUUGCAACAACAGAGAAUAGGAGGAAAACCGGUUAGCCGGAAUCAACCAAUUGACAGAGAACCGCUAAUUCAUGAUGCACCUGAGGAAACAGUAAGAGGAUCGUGGACAAUUACAGUCAAUGAACAUGAUAGGAAAUAG